GUUGGUGUGAGGGCGAGUGGAGGGAGUGGAUUGAGACUGCCCCGGCGAUGUCGGCCUGCUCUUGGGCCGAAGCCUCGGGCUCGCCUAGCGGGGCUGCCGGGAGAGGCGCGCCUCGAGGCGGCCAGCGCAGUAGGCCGCAGGCGCCCUCCCGCCGCGGGCUCGUCGAGGAGAGCGACUGGGCGUGCCCCAUCUGUUUGGACACGAUAGAAGAGCCGUACAUGACCAAGUGUGGCCACAGCUUCUGUUGCAAAUGCAUCCGUCGGAGUCUGGAGGAGAACAAUAGCUGCCCAAAGUGCAGUUCCGCCAUUAAGAAUUCAAAGCAGAUAUAUCCAAACUUCCUCUUGAACGAGCUGGUCCUGAAGCAGCGUCAGCGGCUAGAGAAUCGAAUCGAGAUGGAACAACCGAGCGUCCAUCACCGGCAGACUAUCCAGGAGUUGCUGGCGCUGGACCGAGAUGGCUUGGAGCUGGCCGACGUGAACCGCAUUCUGGAGCUGCUCACUCAGAAGAAGAUGCAGCUGGAAGCGACUCCACCUUUGCUCGCACCGGUGACAGUGGCCAAGUCGCCUUCCAAGGGCGGCAUCCGCAAGCCCCUUGCCACGGGGGAGGUCGUGAAGAAAAAGCGAAAAGUUUUGCAUCUGUCGGACUCCGAGGGCUCGGACAGCAUGGAUUUCAUGGUCGACGAAGAGCUGCUAGCAAGUGUGUCGGGCGUGAUGACUGAAAAGGCCAGGGCAGCAGGCAAGAUGAGAUCUGCCAUCGUUGUCACGCAUGUCAAGACGGCGAUUGAGAUCUCAAGAAAAACCACGUUGACAGCAAAGAUCAAACAAGGGAAGAUGGUCUCUGCAUCACCUUCCAUCAAGCUUCCUGCAAAACGGCGACACUCACCCUUUGACUGGUUUGAGGGUCCAGAUGUCGACACCACUUCUGAAUCUGAGGAUUAAAAGAGAAUCGGAGUUUGUUUUGAGGGACGUUGUUUUACGUUCCAUUGUUCUUGGCGAAAUGGUAGCCAGGGUGGAGACUUUUAGCCACCGCAGUUCAAAUGUUUUGGGUGUUCAGUUUUAAGUCGCUGCUUUUCAUCAAUUUUCAGAGAGGAGGUGGGGGGGUGGACACUUUCGCCGUUAACACUG